GCAGCGCGGCGCCGCGGCCGGCGCGGAGCGUGUGUGGGGCGCUGCUGGACGCUGCGGGUCUGUAAGGCUUUGAAAUUUUUGGCGGGGGAAGCGCUGAGUGAAAGCUCCCCGGGUGGGAACUGAAGUGACGGCCCGAGGGAGCUGCCCGUCCGGGCGCUUCUGCGGCGGGACCGGGGCUGAGGCGCGCACGUGUGGGCGCCGCUGGAGGAGGGAGUGCCCGGCGGGGUCGCCGCCGGCCGGGCCAGGAGCGCGCGUGUGCCCCGCGAUGCUGCGGCGCCCGGACUGCGCCCGACUGCGUUGCCGCCUGCCCCGGCUCGCCUUGCCUCAGCUCCGGGAAGGGCAGCGCCGCUGCCGCUGAGUCCCCGAGGGCAUGCCAGCGGGCCUCACGGAGCCGCCGGGCGCCGCUGCUCCGGUGGUCGCGAGCGCCUCGGGGACCGUGAGCAUGGCCCCGGCCGCCGCGCUGCCCGUGCGGGUGGAGAGCACCCCGGGGGCCCUGGGUCCUGUGACUAAGGCUCCUCCUGGCAGUGUCUGCGUGGAGUCCGUGGCGCCCCAGCCCUUGCCAUCCCCAGUGGGGACGCUAGUGACCAAAGUGGUUCCUGUCACGGCUCUUCCUAAACUCGGCAGCCCCCGGCUGCCAGCUCCUCAGAUAGUCACCGUGAAAACUCCGGGCACCACGACAAUCCAGCUGCCUGCUAAUUUGCAGCUGCCUCCAGGGACAGUUUUGAUCAAAAGUAACAAUGGUCAGUUGAUGCUGGUAUCUCCUCAGCAAGCUGUAACAGGAGCCAAGACCACAAGUAACAUAACUCCAAGGCCAGCAGUACCAGCAAAUACUCAAACAGUCAAGAUCUGUACCGUGCCGAAUUCUAGCUCACAAUUAAUGAAGAAAGUAGCAGUGGCUCCUGUUAAUAAUUUGACACAGAUAGGAACUACUGUGGCAUCCACUCCCUCCAGUGCUUCCUCAGUACAAUCUGUGACUGUACCUCCUGUCAAGCCAGUGAAUACUGUAACUAUCCUGAAGCCAUCAAGUGUGGGAGUAUUAUCUACCCCCUCAAAUGACUCCAGUCUCAAAGCAGAGACCCCAGUAGCUGCUCAGAUUAGUCUUUCUCCGGCAGUGCUAGAAAAUGUGAAAAAAUGUAAAAACUUCCUUUCAAUGCUAAUAAAACUCGCUUGUAGUGGAUCUCAGUCUCCAGAAAUGGGGCAGAAUGUGAAGAAGCUGGUGGAACAACUUUUGGAUGCAGAAAUUGAAGCAGAAGAAUUUACUAGGAAACUAUAUAUUGAACUCAAGUCUGCACCUCAGCCACACCUUGUACCUUUUCUUAAGAAGAGUGUGGUUGCCUUAAGACAACUUCUCCCUAACUCCCAGAGCUUCAUUGAGAACUGUGUUCAGGAACUCUCUGGUGAGGUGGUCGUUCCCUCCUGUACCAUGACAGCAACAACUUCUGUGGUGACAAGUACUGUUUCCCCUGUCCUUGGCUCUGGAGCAGCAGUGCCCAGAACUCUGUCUGUUCAAACUGUGAAUCCGCUUUCUGGUCCAAGAGGAGCAAACACUGGGGUUGUGACACUACAUCCUGUGGCCCCAGCUCUAACAGGGGGUACAACACCUGCGACUGUGUUGCUGCAGACUUCAAAACCACUCACAACGUCGGUACCAAAUCCAGGGACAGCAGUCUCCCUUCAGCCUGAGAAGCCAGUUACACUGGCUCUUCCAGCAGUAACUUUUGGAGAAACUUCGGCUGCACCUCUUUGUCUUCCAUCUGUAAAGCCUGCCAUCACCUCUGCUGGGACCAAACCUGAAAAAACUGUCAUUGGCCCUCCAGUCCAGAUGAAACUUGCCCAGCCAGGCCCCCUCCUUCCACAGUCAGCUGGCAUUCCACAGGCGGUCAAAGUCAAGCAACUAGUUGUUCAGCAGCCUUCAGGAGGCAAUGCAGAUCAAGUGACCGCCAUUUCCCAUUCAUCACCAUUGAGCACUCAGAAAUGUGGACCGAAGAUGCUGGCGAAUACUAUAGUGCCUACUACUUCCAUCAUAAAACAAAUUACUCUGCCUGGAAAUAAACUUCUCUCUCUUCAAGCUCAUACAUCUUCUAUUCAUAACAAUAAAAUAAAAGAGAAUGGAGCAAUACGCUUCAGAGGUGAAGAUGACAUCAAUGACGUGACUUGCAUGGCAGAGGUCAACCUUGAUGAAGAAAAUGCCUGCAUCUUAGCAACACAUACUGAAUUUGUUGGCACACUCAUUCAGUCAUGCAAAGAAGAACCAUUUCUUUUCACUGGAGCUCUACAAAAGAGAAUUUUAGACAUUGGUGGAAAGCAAACAGGAGCAACAUAUGAACAGAUGAGCAGGACUGUAUCUUAUUGGGGUUCUGGCUUCCUUUACAAAAUACCAUAGCCUUGAAGGUUUCAAUGAUACGUAUUUAUUGUCACAGUUCUGGAGUGGGAACGUCAGAUCUGGAUGCUCAUCAGGAUUCCUUGCCAGGGACUCCUUGGUGGUCUUUGGACAGCUCUUUUUAUGUUGUGCCCUCAUAUGAUCUACCCUUACCUUAUUCCUUUUGAUUAAUUAUACCUAAGGGCUACACAUUAGUUGUCAUAACUAAGUCACAAACAGAAAGAAUUUCUGCAUCUGUUUUGGGAGGGAAACAAACCUUCAAUCCAUUGAUUGGAUUCCUAUAAAACUUUGUGCUUAGAAAGAGAUGAGUUUUGACUUGUUGGCUGUAGUUUGCAGCCCUAUUUGCAUUAGGAGAAUUGAAGAAACUAUUUGUGUUUUCAGUUCUUAAUGAUAAAACAAACAAUAUAAUACAAAAUGUAAACUGUAAAAAUUCUCUGAAUUAUCUAAGCUUAAAGGAAACAGCCAAGGGGUGAAUGAAUGUUUAUUUAUUUUUGGAGAUGUUUUCCAUUUAUAAUAAAAUUCUUUGCUACACAGUAGUUACCAAUUGAGGGCAUUCCUAAAGAUAUAAAUUACACAUUUUGUGAAGGUUAGAUUAAAUGUCAGUAUUCUUCAUUUUUUUCUAAUUAUCUUAAUUAAAUUGCAGACAUUCAAUAAAGUCAAUAGUAAACACACAAGCACUAACUAACUCUCCUUAAUCAAUUAUGUUGGCCUUUUUAAAAAGUAUUAAAAGUGGGAAUUAAUCUAUAGUUUUUAACUUGUGCUUUAAGAUUUGUUGCUUAGUGAUGAUAAGUUUGAACAUUUGCUGUUGCAUAUACUCAGGAAUUAUUUACGCUUUUUUAUUUCUAAUGCUUCAAAAAUAUUAUAGAUUUUAAAAAAUAAAUACCAAUUAUUAUAUUUUAUCUGUUUUGCUAAGAAUCAAGUCCAUAGCCUUCUAUAGAUAGUAUAGAUUUUUAAAGAAAUUGCUUCAGCUUUAUAAGUAUAUCGUUGUUUUCAAAUUCCUCUUCCCCAAGAACUAAUUUUAUAUGCUCAUUUUGUUUAAUUUAAUCUUUAAAUAACUUGAUUUCCCAUGUCAUUUAAUCUUGAAAUAACUUCACUUUCCAUGUCUACCCUAUGUUUUGUUGUGAUGCCUAUUUAUUUUUUAAGUUUGUAUAUGUGUGUGUGUCUGUGAGUAUCUGCAUGUAAAUGCUGUUGCUCAGGGAGGCUGCUGGAGUUACAGGUUGUGAGUCACCAUCAAGUAUGUAAGGAAUUGAAUUCAGGUCCUGGAAGAGCAGCGUGCGGGCUCUUAGUUACCAAGCCAUCUCUGCCACCCAUGUUCAGUUACAAUUUUAACCAUUUGAUUAUUUUGAAAGUUUACUGUUUCUUGUAUACAAGGCCCAACUAAUUAUUCAUGUUGAGUGUUUAAAGGUAGUUGGGAAUUUGUAGUGGGUUUUUCUUUUCCCUUUGUUUCAGUUUGAAUUGGAAAUGAGCUCAAUUUUGCCAAAGUAAUGAAUUAGAUUUUGAAGACUUAGUUUAAAAUAAGUUGGAUAAUUUUAAAUCUUCUCCCUAGUUAGUUUACUUAGACUAUGUUUUAAAUUAAAAUUUAUUUUGUAGUAAUGCCAAAGUAUAUUUGAGUUGUAAUUAAAUUAUGUUUUCACUGUAGUUCAACCUUUGAUGAAAAUAUGAGUAUGUAUUAUAUGAAUUAGCAUAUAAAAAUCAAACAAUAUUUUUAAAUUACUGUGAAGAUAUAUAUAAAUGUGUUUUAAAACAACAUCAGAGGCCUGGGGAAAUGGCUCAGUGGAUAAAACACCUGCCCUGCAAAUGUAAAGACUGCAUCGCUAGCAUUACACACACACACAGCACCAUCACCACCACAACAGCAACAAAAAGAACACACAGGAGCCUUUAAAAACAUAUCUGACUUAGAUUCCUUACUGCCUGUCUCUUUAGGUUUGCAUAUCUAUUGAUUGCAGAUCUAUUGUUUUGUCUGAGAAACACUGUUUGGAUACUGUUAGGACUGUUUGUAAGAGAGGUGCUGCUCUUGCUUGUCAUUCUAAUUCUUUUCCUCAUUACAACCUGGAUAAAACAAGUUGUUCUUAAAAGAAACAAGUUAUUGAAAUUGAUGGUGAAAUAAUGGCUUUUGAGCAUAUUUCAACUUGUAAUUUAAUAGGUUAAUUUUUGAAAACAUGAGUAGUGCAAAAUGUAAUAGGUAACAGACAAAAAAGAUACUUUUAUAGACCAGGAAUUAACAGAUUUAUAAUUUAAGUUGACUGAAAUGAAUGUCAUGAAUUGUUAACAGUGUCAAACACGGUAAAAUGUGACUUUCCAUUUUUCUAAUUACUAAAAUUAACAGAAUAUAACACUAAUUUCUGCAGUUACCAUUUUCCUCCCUGAACACUAAACUUGAUUUGUGUUCUUAUUAACUUUGUCCUAUAAAUGACCUUGCAGGGAGAAUGAUUCUAGAGGCUAAGGGAAACAAUGUCUAUAUUUUCUGAGGCUCCAGGCUAGGUUUUAUUAAUGUAAUGUCUAAGAUCUUUGAAGUUGUGACUUUACCAGGAAAAUCAUAAUCUCCAAACCUUUAUUCAUAAUGGGUAUGACUUCCAGGGGGAACUGAAUACCUGCUGUGCUAAUUAUUUCAAUUAUAAGCCACUACUAAAACAUGUAAUGGAUUUUCCCUGCCUCUACAGGUAAAAAGCAUGACAUUACGGAACUUAACUCUGAUGCUGUGAACUUGAUCUCCCAUGCAACACAGGAGAGAUUACGAGGCCUUCUAGAGAAACUGACUACAAUUGCUCAGCAUCGAAUGACUGUUUACA